AUGGUACGGGGCCGCCGUUUCGCGCGCGGGAGCUCGGACGAGGUCGGGCGGCUGGUGAUCGGGUGUCGGUCUGUGAGUGAGUGUGUGCGUGUUGCGUCUCGUUGUGGCUGUCAGACGGGACGGGCGUUUCGUGAGCGAUUGUAUGAAUCGCUGCCGCUUCGACGCAGACAGGCGCAUGGACGGACGGACGGACGAAGGGAUAGAGUGCUCUAUCCGGUGCGCUGUUUGCUGGUGAAGGUGAAACCUCCGAUAGAUGAUGGAACGGGACGACCGCGGAGCUUGUUCGAUGGUCGCUGA